AGAGCAAUGGCUGUCAUUUUGACAUUUUGUUCUUCACGUCACCUACUGACAACACGGUAUGUGACGUGUAAAAUUCAAUUUUGAAUAAAAAUCCUUUUUGGCCUGUUUAAUUGUUGUUUUCCGUAUAAGUAAGAUGAAUUCCUUUAAAAGGGAUAAAAAAGAGGAAGAGGAUGGAGGCAGCCAAUUCCUCAACCUGGAAAAGACCACCGUUCUGCAGGAGGCCAGAAUAUUCAAUGAAACCUCCGUGAAUCCUAGAAAAUGCACCCCCGUGCUGACAAAACUUCUCUAUGCUAUCAACCAGGGUGAAACUUUGAGUCCAAAGGAAGCCACGGAUGUCUUCUUUGCAAUGACCAAACUGUUCCAGUCGAAAGACGCUGUUUUGCGCCGAAUGGUUUAUUUGGGCAUCAAAGAACUCAGCUCAAUAGCUGAGGAUGUCAUCAUUGUAACAUCAAGUUUAACAAAAGAUAUGACUGGGAAAGAAGACACUUACCGAGCUGCAGCUAUCAGAGCUUUAUGCAGCAUCACUGAUGCUACCAUGUUACAAGCCAUAGAAAGGUACAUGAAACAGGCUAUUGUUGACAGAAAUCCUGCAGUUAGUAGUGCAGCAUUGGUCAGUUCUCUGCACAUGUCAAAAUUGGCACCAGAUGUUGUAAAACGUUGGGUGAAUGAAGCACAAGAAGCUGUCAAUAGUGACAACAUUAUGGUUCAAUAUCAUGCACUGGGUCUCCUGUACCAUAUCAGAAAAAGUGAUAGAUUGGCAGUGACUAAGCUUGUUGCAAGACUGACAAGAAUGUCAUUAAAGUCUCCUUAUGCAGUUUGCAUGUUGAUCCGUAUCACAGCAAAAUUAUUAGAAGAAGAUGAUGAGGCAGGUGGAAAUGAUUCUCCAUACUUCAGUUUCAUAGAAUCAUGUCUGCGUCACAAAUCUGAAAUGGUUGUGUAUGAAGCAGCUCAUGCUAUAGUAAACCUGAAGAGAACAACUAGCAGGGAACUGGUUCCAGCACUUAGUGUACUUCAAUUGUUCUGUGGAUCUGCCAAGGCUACUUUGAGGUUUGCUGCUGUCAGAACUCUAAAUCAGGUGGCCAUUUCGCAUCCUGCUGCCGUUACAGCCUGUAACUUAGACCUUGAGAAUCUGAUCACGGAUUCCAACAGGUCAAUAGCUACAUUAGCUAUAACUACUCUCCUUAAAACAGGUGCCGAAUCUUCUGUGGAUCGCUUAAUGAAGCAGAUCGCCACGUUCGUAUCAGAAAUCAGCGACGAAUUCAAAGUUAUCGUCGUGCAAGCGAUCAGAGCUCUGGCGUUGAAAUUCCCGCGCAAACAUAACGUGUUGAUGAAUUUCCUGUCGGCCAUGUUGCGCGACGAGGGAGGUUUGGAGUACAAGGCUUCCAUCGCGGACACGAUCAUCACAAUCAUCGAGGAUAACCCAGAGGCCAAGGAGUCCGGAUUGGCCCAUCUGUGCGAGUUCAUUGAAGAUUGUGAGCAUGUCUCGUUGGCGGUCAGGAUACUGCAUUUGCUGGGCAAGGAGGGACCGAAGACGAAGCAACCUAGCAGGUAUAUUCGUUUUAUCUACAACCGGGUGAUCUUAGAGUGUCCGUCCAUAAGGGCCGCAGCAGUCUCUGCUAUGGCUCAGUUCGGAGCGUCCUGUCCUGAUCUGCUGGAGAAUAUCCAGGUGUUGCUAGCCAGAUGUCAGAUGGACAGUGAUGAUGAGGUUAGAGAUCGAGCGACCUACUACAGUAACAUUUUGGCCAGGCAAGAUAAGGCACUAUGUAACAGCUACAUUUUGGAUCCUUUGCAGUUAUCAAUAAUGGCUCUGGAGCGUUCACUGAAAGAGUAUCUACAAAAUCCUGAAGAUCGUCCGUUCGACAUAAAGUCGGUCCCGUUAGCUUCUGUGCCUACACCGGAAGAGAAAGAAAUGAAGCACAAGACCGAGGGAAUGCUUGUCACUCAAGGAGGACCUGUCAAGCCACCGCCCGUGUCGAGGGAAGAGAAUUUCGCGGAGAAACUCUCCAUCAUACCAGGUAUCCAACAGCUGGGUCCUCUGUUCAAAUCAUCCGACGUGGUGGAGCUAACCGAAAGCGAAACAGAGUACUUCGUCCGUUGCAUCAAGCACAGCUUCAACAAUCACCUGGUGCUCCAGUUCGACUGUCUGAACACGCUCAGCGACCAAUUGCUGGAACAAGUGCGGGUUCAGCUGGAACCCAGCGAAGGGUACCGCCUGCUGGCGGAAGUACCGUGUCCGAGGCUGCCGUACAACGAGUCGGGAUCGUGCUAUGCGGUUUUGCAGUUCCCCGAGGACGAUUUGCCGAACAGCGUCGGGACGUUUGGGGCUGUGCUUAAGUUUGUCGUCAAAGACUGCGAUCCCGCUACCGGGCUCCCAGACACCGACGAAGGCUACGACGACGAGUACAUGCUCGAAGACCUGGAGAUCACCCUGGGCGAUCAGAUACGUCGCGUGACACGUGCCAAUUGGGCGGCUGCGUGGGAAGAAGCGGCUACCGCGGAAUACGCCGAAAUGGAGGACACAUACUCGCUGUCCUCCAUGCACACGCUGGAGGAGGCGGUGCAGAGCAUCGCGAGUUUCCUGGGGCUGCAGCCUGCUGAGAGGACGGACCGGGUGCCGGAGGGGAAGACUGUACAUACGCUGUUGCUGUCAGGCAUGUUUCGAGGCGGUGCCGACAUCCUAGUAAGAGCGAAGUUGGCUUUGACAGAUGGAGUUACCAUGCAACUGACAGUUAGGAGUCCAGACCCAGCCAUUGCCGAACUUAUCACUUCAGCCGUUGGUUGAAUAUAUGUUAAAGGGAUAUUAUAUUAUCCCAGUAUUGUAUCGAUAUAUUGUUUGUAAUAAAAUAAUUACUUAAGCUUAAAAAUGUGUAUUUUUUGGAAGAAUAUAGUAAAUAUACAUUGAAAAAC